CAUAUCCCACACAUUCCAGCACGUGGCAAGGGUGCUGACCAAGCACCUACGGAGUAUCCGUCCAUGGAAUCUUUCCGUUAUCGAAUUAUUAUUCAUUGUCAUUAUAAAUAAGAUUCAGGGCCACUAAUUGAGCAGUCUUGACUUAGUCUUCGCGAAUUAUUGUACGAAUCAUUCGUCACAAUUAUCAUACAUUGUAAUAUUUGAAAUAAAAUAAUUUUUUCUAAUUACAGUCUCUCCCACAAAACUUAACUGGCGCAGUCGACGGAGUUUUUGUGACGUUCUAUCCAGAAACCUGCAAAAAUCCGAACCUAUCAUCCAUUGGGUCCAUCCAGGAAACCGCAUGGAAUUAGCAUUGUUUACUAAGUGGAUGCUCCUAGUGCAUCUAGUAGCAGCUCAGGAGAUAGAAAUAAUGAACCUCCGAGAGAAUCCAGGGAUUCUUCCGAUAUACCUGGGCCAAGCUACAAUUAAGGCAAAAUUUCACGAUUUCAUACAUUAUUACGAUAUCAAACCUAUCCUCGAGGAACUUAAUUACCUUCAAAAUCAAUAUUUGGCUGUGAAAGAUGUUCUUCUUAAUCAACCCAAAAGUAUAUUUUACACCGAAUUGGAAAAUGAAGGAAAUAUUUUCGAAUAUCAAUUUAAUGUUGCUAUACAAAAAUUGGAUAGCUUAAUUCCAAAAGGAAGAAAGAAGAGAGGUCUUGUUAAUGGAUUAGGUACAAUCAUUAAAAGUAUAACUGGAAAUUUGGACGCUGACGAUGCAGUUUAUUAUGAAAAUGCUCUCAGAAAUCUCCAAGAUAAGCAGAAAGAAGUUAUAACUAAAUUAAAUUCUGAUAUUUCUUUAUCGGGAGAAAUAAUUGAGAAUUUUAAUAAAACUUUUUCGAUACAGAAUCAAAAAAUUAUCACUUCUCAAAAACCAGGCAGAAGCCCCAACAACUCAACCAAGAGUUCCAUUCUUCACCCCAUAAUGGAAGUACUGAGGAGGGAGGAGUUACAUAUCCCACACAUUCCAGCACGUGGCAAGGGUGCUGACCAAGCACCUACGGAGUAUCCGUCCAUGGAAUCUUUCCGUUAUCGAAUUAUUAUUCAUUGUCAUUAUAAAUAA